UUUGACCUUACCUGUUCCUCUAUCCAGCGCCGUGCUGUCUUCCCGGCUUCUGUAGUGUCGUCGCUCGGCAUGACAGCCGGGUGCCCAGUGCGCAUGAGCGAGAAGCACUUGCGCUUUGUGAUUGGUCCGGCGGCUUCUGGGAUCUGUCAUGUGUCCCAGGUACCACCUUACCAUUCACAAAAAGCACCGCUUGGCACCCGGCUGUCAAGCCCAGCGUCCACACUACAGAAGCCGGGAAGACAGCGCGCCGCUGGAUAGAGGAACAGGUAAGGUCCCGCUGCAGAGCUGAGA